CCACCUAUUUAAUGUCAGCUCGUCCAUCGCCCGCUUCGAUAAAGAACAGAAGUGGAACAGUGAAUUUUCAAACAAUUUAAUUUUGUUUUUUAAUUUCAUUUUCCCCUUCCGAAUUAGAUUUCAUAUUAAAACCUCGAAAACUUCAAGGAUUUGAUUUCAAAUUCGAGAUCAUUCAAUGGCUGCCCCUUUUCUUUCUGCUCCUUUUCAACCCUACGUUUAUCAAAGUCAGCAAGAUGCUGUGAUCCCAUUUCAAAUAUUGGGUGGUGAGGCUCAAAUAGUUCAGAUAAUGUUGAAGCCUCAAGAAAAGGUUAUCGCGAAACCUGGGUCCAUGUGCUUCAUGUCUGGGUCUAUUGAAAUGGAAAACAAUUAUGUUCCUGAACAUGAAGUAGGCAUGUGGCAAUGGCUUUUUGGCAAGAGAAUAACUAGUAUUGCUCUUCGAAACCCUGGUUCAAAUGAUGGAUUUGUUGGAAUUGCUGCACCUUCUCUUGCAAGGAUUCUUCCGAUUGAUUUAGCAAUGUUUGGUGGACAGCUUUUAUGUCAGCCAGAUGCAUUUCUUUGCUCCAUCAAUGAUGUAAAGGUCAAAAAUACAGUUGAUCAGCGACCACGGAAUGUUGUAAAUGGUGUAGAGGGGUUUCUGAGGCAGAAGUUAUCUGGCCAGGGGCUUGCAUUUAUCAUUGCUGGCGGAUCUGUUGUGCAGAAAAAUCUUGAGGUGGGUGAGGUAUUAGCGGUUGAUAUGUCGUGCAUUGUGGCCCUUACUGCUUCAGUCAAUGUCCAAAUCAAGUACAAUGGUCCUAUUCGACGAGCAGUCUUUGGAAGUGAGAAUUUGGUGACAGCCGUUCUAACAGGACCUGGCAUUGUAUUCAUCCAGAGUUUGCCUUUUCAUCGACUUUCACAGCGAUUUGCUAGGGCGGUUACAUCUCCAAACAUGAGGGGAAAUCCUAAGUUUUUUCUUCAGAUAGCCAUUAUCUUUUUUCUGGCAUAUGUAGUAAUGGUAUCCUCAUUAAUAUUAACCGAUGUAUGAUAUUUUUUCAUUCUUUUUUUUAAUUUAGAUUAAAUAGAUCACAGUUUUUGAUGUAAAACUUCAGGAUAAGACAUUGAAAGAAAAUAAAUUUUGGGUAACUAAACUGUUUUGUUUUGAGUGGGAA